AUGAGUGAUGAUGAAAAUCGUCCGUCUGUUGAACCUUCGCGCAAACGUAGUGGUUCGGCACUCCGCUCGGGCCCGCGUAAAAAGGCGACUUCAUCGAAUCCCCUUGUUCUGCAUGGUCGACAUUUUGGCCGCACUGUGUUUGCAAUGUGCAACUAUCCUGCCCUUCUGACCGCAGACUCUUCAAUCGAGGAUUAUCCAGCGGAUGUUCGCCGGGAACACAGGGUAUUCGUGGAAUUAAUAGAUUCCUACCCUGGUCUUCUAGAUCGCCUGACGAAUGACGAAGAAGAGGACAUCAUUCACGUGGGAGAACUGAUGGGUAAAGGAGCGUCUGGUGCGCGAGGCGAUGACACCAAGACUCUUAAAUCUGCCGUCCUCGAAUGGCUUGUUCCUAGAGGACAGCCACUUAUUCCGCCUCUUGCCCGAAAUAUCAAAUCUGACCGGGGCUUCAAUCAUGAAGUGACUGGCGCAUUGCUCUGCCCGGCAGGCCUUGACUGGUCGAAUCCAGUAACCAAGCAGAGCCUCAAAAGCGGUGAAACUGCAGUUCGUGGUGAUCAGUGGCCGAUGUUUCUUUAUGCUGGGUAUGUCUAUGACCCUGAAGAUCCUUGGACUGGUUUACUUAGGAACGAGAUACUCAUCUUUGGUUUCAAGCACGUAUUUACGUCUCCGAGCUCCGUGGACAAGGAGCCAAAAGCAACGCGCUCCGGAAAUGCAUAUCUCCACGGCAUGAAGUCUGUAACUAAAGGGUCCUUGGCUUAUAUUGCCACGCAGAUUCGGUUUUCAUUGAGCUCAUCGUCUGUAUUUUCGCGUACCGACACGGUCACAGACUCCGAGAACUUUUAUCACAGCAUUCUGGAUCUGUUGGAAGAUCCUGAUGAAAGUCAGGAAGUAGUUGACUUGAUGACGUGGUGGACACGCCGUAUCUUCCCCAAUUCUACCUCUUCGCAGCGAUGUAUAAGCAAAAACAGCGCACUAUCUAAAAUUCGGGAGAAACGUGCUGUCCUUCGAGAACGAGCCGCUAUGGGUAGUACUUAA